AUGUCGACUCCGUUAGCGGCCGUCCGCCGCCUGAUCCCGCCGCUGAAGCCCGAGCGAUACAAAGGCCAGGCCGGCCGGAUUGGAAUCCUCGGCGGAAGCGAAGAAUACUCCGGAGCGCCUUAUUUUGCUGGAAUAUCCGCUCUCAAGGCCGGCGCCGAUCUGUGCCACGUCUUUUGUGCCAAGAGCGCAGGCAUCGUCAUCAAGUCCUACUCCCCGGAACUGAUCGUGCAUCCUUGCUUGUCAACGGAGAGGCCCCAGUCAACCUCAGCAAUCGAGACAGGCAGUGAAGCCUCCCAGGCUGCCGCGAAGGUCUCGGCCCUGUUUGGCCGCCUGCAUGUACUUGUCGUCGGCCCGGGUCUCUCUCGCGAUCGUGUAAUGCUCGACACUGCAAAAGAAGUCAUCCUGGCGGCCCGACGACACAAUCUUCCUCUUAUUAUUGACGCUGACGGACUCUUCCUGGUCCAGGAGGAUCCCUCCGUCAUCCAUCAGUACCGCCGAGCAGUCCUGACUCCCAACGCAAAUGAGUUCAAGCGUCUGUGCGAGAAGCAUGACAUUGACGUGGAUCAUGAUGGAACCGCGGCUCAAAAACUCAGCAAAGCACUCGGCAACGUGACCAUUGUGCAGAAAGGCGCUGUCGAUGUGAUUACGGACGGAUUGAACGUGCUCAAGUGCGACAUUGGAGGAAGCAACCGACGGUGCGGCGGGCAGGGCGAUCUGCUCGCUGGCAGUCUGGCGACGUUUCUUGGCUGGAGCACUCACUUCCCGGCCGACAACGCAUCGGAAGCCUCGCCACAGCUCUCUGCCUGCUAUGGCGCAUGCGUGCUGACCAGACAAUGCUCGGCCGCGGCGUUCCAACGCAAGGGUCGGUCCAUGAUGACAACGGACAUGAUCGAAGAGAUCGGCAGCGUCUUUGGGCAGCUGUUCCCGGAUUCGUAG